GGCCAUAAAUGAAAUCAAAGCGUAAGCCGAUAAACCUGCCGUCUGUUUCUCACAUGACUAGAACCGAUUGUCAAUGCUGUUCUUGGGUUCAGUCGUUGCUAGUCGAUCGACAGAACAGCAAGUUUCAGUGCCAGAUCGGUUAUUUAUUUUUGCUGUGUCGCAAUAAUCGUUAUCGCUCCAAGUGCAGAACAAAACCAGCAACGGUGGGCGUCCAAAAUGAAGUCCCUCGCUAUCGUGGCUUUUCUCCUGUUCGGGACAAUCCACUCGAUAAAUGCCGUUAUCUACGAAAAACAUUGUCUGAUUUUUGAAGAAUCGUACAACUUCGACGAGAGCCGGUAUGCCGGCAAAUGGUACGAGAUUCGUCGUCUGUACGAUCCCAAUGAUGUCGAGCUGGAGGAUUGCGUCCAGGAACAGUACACCCAGGCGGAGGACGAUAAGCUAAAUUUCGACAUUUUGCGCGCGGUGCAGGAAGGCCCCACAGGGGAGGUGAUUUACUCAACGGGAACUGCGACGCCCAAGGUGUUCCGCAAUUCCAAGGUGCCACAAUUUAUUGUGCGUUACAAUACGACGGACCCGGCCGAUCCAGACACAUCGAUGGAUGUCGUUCAAACGGAUUACCUCAACUAUGCAAUCGUGUAUUCCUGCAAUCCAGUCAAUACGACCACGGUAUCAGAAUUUGCAUGGAUCAUCUCCCGUGAGCCGGUUCUCAAAAAGCAUACCGCAGAUUUGAUCAACAAGUUCGUCGAUGUCCAUUUCAACCAUCCGGAGCACAAGUGGCGCACCACCGAACAGUCGGACAAAACCUGCAAACCAAAUACUCUUCCUCCGAGCAGUGCUGCGAUUCGAACCACUUUGUAUAGCAGUUUGGUGCAGAUUACCGUCGCUUUAUUGGUGGCGAAAAUGCUGUUGUAAAGUGGAGCUAGUGCAUGAAUGAUAAUAGUUAUGUGUAACAUGGAAUCUCAUUGUACAAAUAUGAUGUUACAAAAAUUGAAAUGGAGGGAAAACUUCAUAAGAAACAAAUAAACAAUUAUGGUGAUAUAA